UCAACCCAUAUAGACGGUGCACCUGUACCAAGCAGUGAGAACAUACAGGCACGGAUGGAUAUAUACAGGCGCUGCAAUGCAUACCUGUGAAGGCGUGCCUCUCGGCGCAGCGCCGGGCACGAUGUGGCCCAAGCGCUGGUGGCCCCUGCGGGGUGGGGAGAGAAGGGAGAGAGUCUAUGGGAGAGACUGGGGCCUGAGCAGGACGUGCUGAUCCGCGCCUUUUCAACAAGCAGAGAGAGAAGGAAACGCAGGGGAAGUGGGGGUCGCGGGAAAGAGAGAGAGUUGAGAGAUUUGAGAUUUGCGCGGAUUCGGCUCUCUGAUGCUUUAGGGUCGAGUAAAACAAGCCUUGGAGAGCGGAAGACAACACACCACCACAAAAACCUCCAACCUCCGCGCAU